CAAGAUUUAAAGUGUAUUGGCUUUCAUAAUUUUUCAUAAUUUCAAUGCCAAUAAAUUUGUAUCAUGAUAAAAAUCUCACAAAGUAUUACUAAGAGUAGCAGCAGAGCAGACAGAUUGGCAAGGAACAAGAAUGGAGCUGGUGCCGCCGCCGGAGCGGGUAACGCUCCCGGCCGGCGCGAACCUGGUGCAAUGCUUCGUGUGCACCGCCAUGUUUUACACGCAGGAAGACCACGACAAACACCUGAAGAUGCAUCGCAAGGCGGACAUCCUGCGGGCCGUCUCGGAACACAGCAGGCUGCACCACCCCCACGCCCACCACCACCACCACCACCACCAUGGCCACGCGCACCGCGGCGGCGCCCGCUCGGCCGACGUCGGAUACAAACUGGAGCUGCAGAGCGGCUCGGCGGCAGCGGUGGCGCACCACGACUCGUCCGACGGGCCGGCGCACCACUCGCACCACCACCACCACCCGCUGCACGCGCACCAGCACCAGCAUCACCUGCACACAGCCCACUCGGGCUGGAUGGAGGUGCCGCCGCCGCUGCCGCCGCCGCCGCCGCCGCCGGCACACCCGUCUGCCGGCCACCACCCGGCCGUGCUGCCCGAGCUGCACAGUCUCCACUGGCCGCUAUCAGGCGCCACCAGUGACGCCGACCAGCACAGCAUCAUCUACCCGGAGCCGGAGGCGGGUCCGAGCGGCUCGGGCCGCGCCGCCCAGCCGUCGCCACACUCGGCGCCCUCCUCCAGCGGUCCGCCGGACUCUGAGCUGCCGGCCGCCGAACUGCUCUGUACCGAGGAGUCGCUGCACAGCAGCUGCCCGUCACCAGGAGAGCCGACCGCGCCGCUGCUGAGACCCUCCGACUACCAGCUGGUGCAGGACUUCAGUAUGUACGGCAGCGCAGAGGUGGGCGCCGGGCCCCCUCCGGCCUACAGUGCCACCCACUCCCGUCGACUCCACCUGAGUCUCUCGUCAGAGGCGGGUGACCUGGCGACGGCUGUGCCGCCAGCGCCGCCGCCGCCACCUCCAGACGCGCCGCACGGGCCCGACUUCGUCAGCUUCAAGUGCAUCCACUGCUCGCGCGAGUUCGCCUCCGCCGAGGACAUUCACGUGCAUCUGUCGGAGGUCAGUGCGGCCAGCCAUGUGUGCCAGGUGUGCCACGAGGUGUGCGGCAACGAGUGGCUCCUGGAGGAGCAUAUGGAGCGACACAGCUCACCGCGACCCUUCAAGUGUGGCGUGUGUGGCAGGGAGUUCAGUAAUUCGUCUGUACAUCGGCAGCAUAUUCUGCAGCACAUCCCGCCCCGCAUACGGGACAGGGUCGAAAACGAGCUGCCCGGCUCGCCGAUGGCGAUGGCCGCUGCCCCGCCCGUGUCGCCCACAGUUCCGUCGGUGGCUCCGGAGCCGGCACAGGCCCCCAAGAUGUGGUCAGUGGCCGAGCGGGCGGGGCCGGUGCGGCCACCCGUCAAAACAGACACCAAGAAACCCGUGUCGUGUGCCACGUGUGGUGCCCAGUUUGCGUUUGUUGCCGCGCUGCAGAGACACAUGUUGAAGCAGCACAAACAGCGCCGGCCUCGCUCGACGCGACGCAUCUGUAGCUGCAACCACUGCGGGCGCAUCUUCUAUAGCUACAAACAGCUGCGCUGGCACGCCGAGAUUCACGGCAAGAAGCCGCACUCGUGCCCCACGUGCGGCCUCCGCUUUCUGCACGAGUCGUGGCUGACGCGCCACAUUCGCGCCCAGCACGACCCGUCACACAUGGGGCCGCACUCGGCCGAGUCCAAGCCGUGCCCGAUCUGUAACCGCGUCUACAUGCGGUCGUCGCUUCAGAAACAUAUCCGUAUGAUGCACCAAGAGCUUAAGCCGCAUCAGUGCACCCGCUGUGGCAAGCGUUUCGCCGUCAAGUGCAACCUCCAAACGCACGAGUUGUCUCAUCUGAGCUAUCGUGACCGACCUCACAAGUGCACGCAUUGCCGGAAAGCGUACACGACGGCUCGCGACCUGCGCAUUCACAUGGCGACGCACGAGGGCAAAAAGUAUCCGUGUAAGGUGUGUGGACGCGAGUUCACGCGAGCCAGCUCGAUGAACCUUCACCUGCGCGAGCACGACGGUGAAAAGAAGCACAUGUGUGGCGAGUGCGGUAAGCGCUUCGCACGCAAAGCCUACCUCAUGGCACACGUGCGCAUUCACACGGGCGAAAAGCCGUUCGAGUGUGCCGUGUGCGGCCGGUCGUUCGCCAGUCGUAGCAACUACAACGCGCACGUCAAGAGUCACACGCGCCGGGAGCCGGUGAACGCUGAGCUCUGAGCGCGGCUCUGCUUAGGAAGAUGACCGCUCCGGCCGCGGGAGGCGGUGGGGCGAGCGCUGUCUCGCUUCUGUCGCUCGUCCCGGCCCCGUCCGCUGCGCGAGACGCUCUCGUAGCGUCCCUAGACCGCAGUGGAUCUAGAGAAAAUGAUCGGCAAUAGGGACACGGCGGUCCUGGUGCCUGGAGGGACGGACGUCGCGUCGUCCUCGCCAUUUUACUACUGCAUUUCACCCUGUCUGACCGCAGUGUGUGUUGUGGUUUUUAAAUGGGUAGACUUUGGGUGAAAGGGGAGGGUGAUUUUUAUCCGGACCAGUGUGUUUCUGAUAUUUGAUGAAUGGUUACCGUUGUAUGCAUGUUGACCUUAGGUGGUUAGUGAUCGGUGUUUUAGGAGUUCAAAGAUGUUUUACCCUUUCGGAGGUUGCGCACUGUUAUCAGAUUUUAACCAUGUUUGUAUAUUUUUAGCUUAUAGUCCCUGAUCAGUGCGCUUUUAGACAUUCUUCUCACGUUUCGACAAAAUAGUUUUGCUACCGCGUCUCGGAAUAAUUUUAUCAUAAAAUAGUAAUUUUGGUCACUCUGCCGCUGCACGAAGCGUACCGCGUCGUGUGUGAUUUACAGUUCAACCCUCAUCUUCCCUCAUCAUUUCAUCUGGUUUCAUGCCGCGCGCCUGAGCAUCGCGCUCUAUUGUCCGCAUAUGUAGUCUUGCAUGUCGAUACUGCACGUACCGUGUUAAUUUUCUGGCGAAUGAAGCUCGCCAGAUGUUUGUUUCGAGGCUAUAUGGUUUUAGCUCGAAUUUAUGUCUCGGUGGGAUGCCUCCACCUGAAGCUUAGCCAAAGCUUUGUAAAUGUGGUUGUAGCGUAUUUGUAGCAUUCAUAGUUUAUUGAAAUGUGUUCUGCGUGACACAGCACCGUAAAAUUGGACCCCAGCACCCUGUUUUGGAUCUCAGAUGGGGGUCUGCCCGGUGGUUAUCCCGGCACGGUACAGCAUGCCGCCGUCACCUCCCAUCGCACCGCCCCGUACCAUGGUCUUUCUGGCCGAAUGGUUGCAGAUAUCGUCUAGAAAGGUUGCGCACUGUCUUUGUUAGACGUUAAGCUUGCCGGUUGAGUUUGCUACCCGUUUGAUGUUCGUUUGAGUGAGCGUGUGGGCCUUGUACUUAGGAGAGACGUUGGCUCGGCAGCCGACUGCUGAGUGGAAGGGUCGGAAUGGAGUGUGUGUUCGAGAAUGUUUUGUGCUGCAUGCUUGGGUCCCGGUCAGGAGCCAUAGUUUCUUGCCUGGGUGCGGGAGGGGGCCCGCUCCGUGUUGUGUUCGUCGUUAUAAGGUGCGGACAGCAAUAGAGAGGGAGGGAGAGGCGGCUCGCUCUGCUGCGAGACGUCCCGGCAUUACCCGAGCUUUACCAGGCCGAGCGGAGCUCACCAACCGCUGGAUGCUGAGUGGGGAACGCGGCGACGAAAUUUUACCACAGAUAUACAACCUGUGUCCUGAAACGCAGCGAGACUUAUUGUCGAGCAUCGCCUGUUAGUUUGUCUGUAUCCAACCUGUCUGUGUUAUCGGUAUCUAUCUGUCUGUUUUAUCCGUAUCUAAACAAAGUCAACGCUGGCUUUUGUAUGUCCCCGGCCUCCUGUGGUGAAAUUUCGUCGCCGCCGUCCUGUGUCUCAGCCGGAGGAUCUCGCUCGCCGUCGGCCAUCUGUAAAUAUACGCGCCGGGUCCGAGUGCCGCUGCCCGCCCGAUAUUCACAGCCGUCUACCUGACCUGGGGUCGCUGCGCCGUGCCGGAACAGUGCUGUAGCGCCGCCCUCGAGACCGCGAGCCAUGCUAGAGUGUUGUGCCUGGUAUCAUACCUCUGCUCGCCGCGAAUGCUUUGAGUGCACGCACCGCGCGCCUAGCCGAUUCCUGUGACCGUUCGCUGUCUUGAUUGAACGUAAUAUAAUUUGGAAAUGAU